GCUCUCCACCCUCCAAGUCCAAACCCAAACCACCCCUCCACCAGCUCCUCCCCUACCCAGUAACCACCACCACCACCUAAAACUCUCUUUCUCUCUUCCUCUGGGCCUCUGUAGACAGACACAAGCAGGCAUACUCAUACUCAUACACAGACAAAGGUCGCAUCUUUCCUUUGUUUUCCCCUUUCUCUGUCGCUCCCCUCCAAGACCCAGAGAGAUGGAUGACCCAGAAGACCCCUUGCAUGGCGGCGCCGGCGGCGGCAACGAUCCGCUACUCCGCGGCCACGCCCCCGCGACCUCCUCCCCCUCCCGCUUCGCUCGCCUGAUCAGGACCCGCCACCGCUCCUUCCUCCUCGGGGACUGCGACGGCGACGGCGGAGGCGGCGGCCGAUCCGGCGGGGACAUCGGGGAGGCGGCCUCGAGCGUCUUCGGCGAGGGGCUCGCCGCGUGCUCGAGGCCGAUCGUGGUCCUCGACUUCGUCUGGAAUCUGGCCUUCGUGGUGGUCGCCGUGGUCGUGCUCCUGUCCGCCUUCAAGGAGAGGCCGUCCACUCCUCUGAGGCUGUGGCUCUGCGGGUACGCUGUGCAGUGUCUCUUCCAUGUGGGCUUCGUGUGCGCUGAGUAUCGGCGGAGCGACGGGGACGACGAGCUCGUGGGUGUGAGCGGGCUGUCACGGUCGCCAAGUCGCAGCAGUUCCUUGUGUUCCUUAUCAAUGUUUUACAGGAUGCUUAAAAGGUUGGAAUCCUUGAAUACAUUAAUAUCGUCAAUAUGGUGGGUCUUUGGUUUCUAUUGGAUUGUUGUGGGUGGACAACCACUUCUUCAAGAUGCGCCGCGUCUCUACUGGUUGACAGUUGUUUUUCUUGCUUUCGAUGUCUUCUUCGUGAUCUUCUGUAUUGGUAUGGCUUUCGUGGUCUUCUUGGCUCUCUUUUGCUGCAUCCCCAUAUUGGCAAUUGCCUAUGCCGUUGCAAGCACUGAAGGGGCAUCCGAAGAUAUUAUCAGGAGUCUUCCUAAGUAUAGGUACCGCCCAGCUAGUGUGCUUAGCACGUUCAACAAUCUUGGGAUGGAAGAAGUACUUGGGGCAAGGUCAGGAUUGGGAAACGAUGGUUCAAGUGGUGAACUUUUUCUUUAUUCAGAAGAUUCAGAAUGCUGCAUAUGCCUCUCAACGUAUGUAGAUGGGGCGGAGCUUUAUACUCUUCCAUGCAAUCACCAUUUCCACUGCUCAUGCAUCAGCAAGUGGCUCCUGAUAAACGCGACUUGUCCCCUUUGCAAAUUUAACAUUCUCAAGGGUGACACACUCGUGUAAACAGUCACCGAGAGCAUAAGGAGGAGACCACAUAGCUCCCGAUUAGAACGGGAGAGGGAAUUUCAGCUCGUCAUGCUCUUGCCGCUACACUGAUGCUAAUGGCUAAGGAAAGUGAAGAUGAAAAGACAAUUGGGUUUUUCUCUUACAGCGAUUCCUGUUUGUAGCUAUUUAUGGAUGGUCGGCUCCAAAUUUUGUAAAUAGAAUUCAUGUUAGAGUUCAUUUCAGCCUUGAUUUGCCA